AUGAAAAAAAACAAUUAAUCUACAAUUACAGAUAUUCAUUUUGAGAAACUCUAACGACCAGAUUUAUUGUAUACAAGAAAUUAAUAAACUACUCAAUAAUGCAUGUAAUUAUUAUUGAAAGACCCAACCAUACGACUUGAAUAAGAAAAUGAGAAAUUAGGUCAAUUGUUGAGAGGACAUGAAUUUUUUAGAACUAGUGAUAAUGAGUUUCUUAUAGAAUGUUGUUAAGUAUAUCUAAUCAUAAUCUGAUAGCUUAUGAGAUUUGAAUAGUUCCAAAAAAAUUAGGUGAUAUUCUCAAAAAAUUAAUUGGAUUAAAAUAAACUGAUAAUCAUUUUAUCUGGAGAUGUGGUUUUGAAUAAAGGAAAUCAAGAAAUGAUACAUCUUAAACAUUUUGGAUCGAAUCUUCUUAUUUUUGGAAGUGAAUGCUAUUCUGACAUGUAUACAUUCAUGAUUUUAGAUCAGAUUGGAAUGUUACAUCAAAAACAGCCUGUAAAGUUGCAGCAAUUUCUAAACAUGAUUUCAGAGUGAAUCUAAUGACAUUUGAAGUCAGUCGAAUUACUAAAGAAAUCUCAUAAUUGUAUGCCUUUCCUAUCUUUAAGAAUGUUCCUUAUGCCUAAGUUCGUAAGUUCUAUGCCAAUUCUAUGUCAUAAACAUUUUAAUGCUUAGAUAUUGUUUAUUUAUAGGAACAAAUGAUUAAAUAAAUAUAUUUGGUUAUUAAAGGAAUUUUUGAAUUAAGAGAAUUGGAAAAGGGAGUUGCAAAAGCAGUUCAUAUAUUUACAUAAGGAUAACUUAUAGGUGAAAAUGAAUUAAACAAUAAAACAUCAUUAAGUAAUGGUACUGCUUUCUGUAUUAGUGAAGAAGGUCAAUUACUUAUAUUUGAUUAUGAUUAUUUCAAAGCAUAAGUAUUACCUACUAUAGAGGAUAAUUUACCAAAUAAAUGUAAAACUUAAAUAUCAAGGAAUGAUAAAUUUUUCAAUAAUAAAGUAUCUUUGACUGGAGAAAUUAUUGCUAAAAAAACUCUGUCUAGACAUUAUAAUUUUAAGAAAAGUAAUGAAGAUUUGGAUGAACAUUAAAAGCAAACGAUUGUUUAAAAAAAUAAAAUACGAUCAACUCAUUCAAUUAAUUCUAUACACUAUUCUUAAUCAAAUAAUUCAGAAGAAUAAAAUGAUUCUUAGAUUAAUAAUCAUCAUAGUAUAAUAAAUGUUUCUUAAACUAAACAAACAAUAAAAUAGAGUCGUUUGAGAAUGAGUUAAAGAAAUAAUUAAAAAUCUAUUCAUUUAUAAAAUGAAUAAAUUAGAUCAUAGAUUAUUAAUAGUCCUGUUCGUUCUAUUGUAAAUAGAUAAAGUUCAUUUUAAUAAAGUCUUUAGAAAUUGAAAGAGGAAGAAGCUCUUAAAAAAUCAUAGUAAUAAAUGAAUUUAAGAAUGCCUUUAAAAAAUGAAUUACUAAAUAAAUUUUUGAAUCGAAAAGAAGAAUAUGGAGAUAUAGCAGCAAAAAAUAGAAUAAGAAGAACUCUCUCAUAAACUACGAAUGUGAAAAAAACUUUAUAAAUAAACAAAUGA